AUGUACUACAACUAUAAACAAUUUUUUUCGAUUGUUUUGAUGGCAGUUGUUGAUGCAAACUACAAAUUUGUAAUGAUUGAUGUUGGAGCGUAUGGCAAGGACAGUGAUGGUAGUGUUAUGUCCAAUUCAACAUUUUAUCAGCGGAUUGAUAAUGGCUCUCUUAAACUACCAGAAGAAACCAAAUUGCCAAACUCAAACGUGUUAGCCCCAUUCGUUUUCAUUGGUGAUGAAGCUUUUCCCCUACGAAAUUAUUUAAUGAGACCAUUUCCACGAAAACAGACACAAGAUAAUGCAAAAUCUUACUAUAACUAUAGACUUAGCAGGGCUAGAAUGACAGUUGAGUGUGCAUUUGGUAUUCUUUCAUCAAAGUUUUCGUAA